AGCCAGCACUGACUGCAGAGGCUCCUCUCACUCUCUCUCUCUCCUGUCAUGCUGGGAGCUCUCAUCCUGAACCACAUCUGUACACUGUAGCCCCACCCACCCUCCCAUGCUGCAUUCGGGAUGGAGGAAGAUGUGGUUAAGUCACGGCUGUUUCAUUCUCUGGCAAUCAGCGCAGUCAGACCCUCUAAGCAUCUUUCUGCCUCCCCUUCUUUCCAGCGAUGCGCCAUCACGUCCUGGACCAGGGAAAACCUCCACAAGAGGGAAUGCUGCUUCUUUGAAAAAGGUGUCAGAGAGGAUGUGUGUAGGUGUGGCUACUUAAAGACUGAUCAUGUGGACGAAGCCAUCAAGCCGGAGGAUUUCACAGGCGAGAAUUGGGACAAACACAAACAUGUCCGCGAAGUGCCCACAGAUGCUUUUGGAGACAUCAGCUUUGGUGAUUUGGGACAGAAGACUGGCAAGUAUGCACGAGUGUCCACAGACACAAGCCCAGAAAUCCUGUACGAGUUAUUGACCGAACAGUGGAAACUUUCCCCUCCCAACCUGCUGAUCUCAGUGACCGGAGGAGCCAAGAACUUCUUUCUGAAGGCCCGACUCAAGAACAUAUUCAACAGAGGUCUUAUCAAAGUGGCCCAGACGACAGGAGCAUGGAUCCUCACUGGUGGUACGCACAUCGGUGUGAUGAGGCAUGUAGGGCAGGCCGUGAGGGACCACGCCCUGAGCAACUCCAUGCAGGGCCAGAUUGUGGCUAUCGGAGUUGCGACGUGGGGAAUAAUUCACAACAGGAACACUUUGGUGCAUUCAGAGGGUUGCUUCCCAGCCCAUUAUGAGACGGACAUCAAGGGCCAGGGCCGACUCUCUUGCCUUGAUAACAACCACACCCACUUCCUGCUGGUGGAUGAUGGGACCCAAGGACACUAUGGAGUGGAGAUUGAACUGCGUAGCCGUCUGGAGAAAUGCAUCUCCGGAAAGCGUCUUGGAAACAAAGAGAGUGGCGUGACAAUCCCUGUGGUGUGUGUGGUUUUGGAUGGAGGACCGGGCACUCUAAAUACCAUUUAUAAUGCCAUGCUGAACGGUACACCGUGUGUGAUCUUGGAGGGCUCCGGGAGAAUAGCAGAUGUGAUCGCCCAGGUGGCAGGACUGCCAUUGGCCCGGGUCACCAUCGCCCUCAUCCACCAGUUAAUGAAAAAGUUCUUUGGCCAAGAGUAUGAAAACUUCCCCCACCUCAAGAUCAUAGAAUGGACCAAGAAGAUUCAGGACAUCAUCAGGAUGUCUCACUGGCUGACAAUAUUCAGAAUAAGCGAGGACGAUCACGGAGAUGUGGAUGUGGCUAUACUUCAAGCGCUGCUCAAAGCUUCGAGGACCAGCGAGACACUGGGAAUCGAGAGCUGGAAGAGGCAGCUGGAGCUGGCUAUUGCCUGGAACCGGGUGGACAUUGCUGAGACGGAGAUCUUCACUGAGGAGAGCCAGUGGAAGUCCAGUGACCUCCACUGGGCUAUGUUCUCAGCCCUGGUUGGCAACAAGCCUCAGUUUGUUAGUCUGCUGCUGGAGAACGGUGUGAGCCUGAGGGAUUUCCUGCAGGACGAGGAAACUCUUUGUGAGCUCUACAAACAGCUGCCCAGCGGCAUCUUUCUCCGCAAGCUGGCCAAGCGGGUCCACAGCUCUUGCCGCAGGAGGAGGAAGGCGCUCCGCAUCAGGCCUCGAGCUCGCUUGGGGCAAGGUGAACCGAUCUCGAUGACUCAUGUGUCUGAUGAGGUGCGCCACUUGCUGGGCAGUUUCACCCACGCCCUCUACCCUCCCUCCAACAUGUCAUACCACUUCGACGUGUCUACAGAGGUCACAUCUGUAUCACUGUCUAAAAGUCCGACGGGUUCCCAAUCGCUACUCAGGGAGGACGAUGCUGAUGCACAGAGGGACCCAGGCAGAGACCUUUUCCUGUGGGCUGUCAUCCAGAACAAUAAGGAGCUGGCUGAAAUUGCCUGGGAGCUGUGUAGAGACUGUAUGUCCGCUGCUCUGGCCGCCAGUAAGAUCCUGAAGACAAUGGCAGAGGAAGGAAGUGACGGAGACGAGGCAGAGGCCAUGCGAGAGCUCGCCAAUCACUAUGAGAAACAUGCCAUUGGUGUGUUCAGCGAGUGCCACAACAGCGAUGAAGAGCGGGCUCGGAAGUUGUUGGUUCGUGUGUCUCCGUUUUGGGGAAGGACGACGUGCCUGAGGCUGGCACUGGAGGCUGACGACAAAAGCUUUGUGGCUCAGUCAGGUGUUCAGGCUCUUCUGACACAGAUCUGGUGUGGUGAGCUUUCAGUGGACAACUCAGUGUGGAGAGUGCUGAUCUGCAUGGUCUUCUUCCCACUUAUCUACACUGGCUUUCUGGUUUUCAGACGUGAUGAAGUCCUUCAUAGAGAAGCUGAGAAGAAGGAGGAGAUCAAGACAGUGGAGAAAGUAACAGGAAGUACACUUCGAACCAAUUCUCGUGGCCUUGGCGUGAAGCGCCUGAAGCCUCUGAGCAGCUGGUACCGGCUGGUCCAUCUGUACAGCUCUCCGCAGGUCAAGUUUUACUGGAAUAUCGUGUCCUACUUUGCCUUCCUCUUCCUGUUUGCGGUGGUGCUGAUGAUUGACUUCCAGGCUACGCCCUCUGCUGGGGAGCUGCUGCUUUACAUCUGGCUGCUCUCUCUGGUGUGCGAGGAGGUCCGACAGCUGUUUUAUGAUCCUGAUGGCUUCGGGUUUCAUAAGAAAGCCAGGAUGUACAUCAACGAACUGUGGAACAUUUUAGAUGUCCUGUCCAUCCUUCUCUGUAUUAUUGGCCUCGCAUUUAGGCUGACAACUGAGCUGUUCUAUGCUGGUAAAAUCCUGCUCUGCAUCGACUUUGUGGUCUUCUGCCUCCGUUUCAUGGCCAUCUUCACUAUCAGUAGAACCCUGGGGCCCAAAAUCAUCAUCGUCAGGAGGAUGAUGAUGGAUAUGUUCUUCUUCAUGUUCCUGCUGAGUAUCUGGGUGGUGGCGUACGGAGUGGCCAAACAAGGCAUCCUCAUCCACAAUGACAAUCGGCUGGACUGGAUUGUCCGCGGGGCAGUUUAUGAGCCGUACCUCACCAUAUUUGGGAAUUUUCCCACAAAUGUUGAUUAUGCUGCAUUUGACUUAGACUCCUGCAGCAUGAACGGCACCGAUCCUCUGAAGCCCAAGUGUCCUGUGCUGAAUGAAAACCAAACGCCAGCCUUCCCCGAGUGGCUCACCAUCACCAUGCUAUGUGUUUACCUGCUCUUUGCCAACAUACUGCUGCUCAACUUGCUCAUAGCCAUCUUCAACUUUACGUUCCAGACCGUUCAGGACAACACAGACAGAAUUUGGAAGUUUCAAAGAUACGAGCUGAUCAAGGAGUACCACAGCCGCCCUACUGCCCCUCCUCCUUUCAUCAUCUUCAGCCAUUUUUACCUCUUCAUCAGGAGCAUGGCGCUGUGCAGGCCCCCCAUCAUGAGCAAGGAGUUUAAGAGCGAGCUACCUCAGAUGGAGGAAGAGGAGCUGUUGUCCUGGGAGGCCUUGAUGAAGGACAGAUACCUGCUGUCCACACAGCAGGAGCAGAGCCAGAGCAUGGAGCGACGCAUCCUGGACACGUCCCAGAAGGUUACCACCAUAACUGAUCGACUGGAGAGGGAAGAGGAGACGGGCUCUGCUGCCGUGAUGCAAAGAAUGGCUCGACUAGAGGAGCAGGUCGUCCAGUCAGCCAAAGCCCUGCAGUGGAUUAUGGACAGUCUGAAAUGUCAGGGUUUCGCAGGAAAAGAAGCACAACCACCAACAUUGACUACAACAGACGAGUCCCCCGACACUUUGAGAAAUGCAUCGGAGAGAGAGGACAGGUUCCACGUGAACGCCCGUCAGCUUCACUACCCGAACAGCAAACUCACGCGCUUUCCUGUGCCUGAGGAGAAGGUGCCAUGGGAGGUCAGCUUCAGCUCAUACAUGCCGGUUUAUUAUGCCUCUGAAGACAGCGGAGACAACGUGGAUGGAUCAGAAUCAGAAGCCGUAGGUAAUUACAGAAACCCAGGAGGAAGGACUGGCAUCAGGGGACGAGGUGCACUAAGCCACCUUGGUCCAAAUCGGAAUGCAGACCUUGUGCUUACACGCAUGCGAGACAGCGAGAAUUCAGUGUUGGAGUAUCUGGUGGUUUGGGAUGAGAGGCAUGGGACCUUGGCUUUACCCGGGGGACAUCUCGAGUCGCCUCAUCACUUGCCAGUGGCUCUUAAGAAAACCAUGGGGAAGUUGCUGUAUGAAAAAAUAAAUGCAAAAGUUGCUGAGGGAACAAAGGUGUUGGAGGGUUAUGUGGAUGACUGCAGGAACACCGAUAACGCCUGGGUGGAAAUCACCGUCCUGAACAUUCACCUGGACAGAACGAGCCAGUUGAUGGUGGAUAUCAACAGUAUGGUGGCGAGCAGCCGUGGCGCUCUUCAGUGGCGGGAGGUGAGCGGCAAAACCAGACUCAGCUCAAACCAAAGAGACUCUCUGCGGCAGGUUGCGGAGCUGCACAACAGGAAGUUCUGAUGUUCAACACUGCUGUAGCUUUAAAUGUACCUCUCCAUCCACGGGGGUUCUUCUCCCUGUUCAUGUGGCCUUUGUAUUAAUUCAGUUGCACUGAAAGCACUUGAAACGAAACACUAUAAAGCCAUAGGGUAUGCCGCUGUGAGUUAUCAUUUGUAUUUGCACAAAUGAGGACAGCAAACUAAAUGUUAAGCCGACACACUUUAUGCAUGUGUAUGCAUACACUAAGAAUAAAUACCUAAGUUUUUGAGGUAGUUGUACUUCAAAUGAGCAUUUCCAUUUCAUUCUACUUCAUACUUCUACAUUUCAGAGGCAAAUAUGGUACUUUUUCCUUCCCUGCGUGUAGAUGACAGCACAGUUAGUCUUUACUUUAACAUACAAAUGCAAAUCAUCAUCUUGCUGUGUAUGAAAUUAUGCAAAAUAAACCAACCUCCACUAUAUUAAGUACUAUCUCAACCAUCAAUAAUAAUGCAACAACAACAUUUACAGUAUAACGUUAUAAUAAUAUAGACCUCUGAAAGGGUCCAUAAUGAGGUCUGCUUGGCUGCUUUUGGAGUUUAAUAGAAAAUCAUGUGUUGUCUCACAUUGUUCUGCAGGGAUAAUAAACUAAAACUGAACACUUUGGGAUUCAUUCCUUUGUUAUCAUUUCUAAUAUCUGACAGUGUGACAAGCAGGCAGUCUUGCAGUAGUUUCGGAGCAGCGUGUGCAGUUGCUCAUUAGCUCAGGCAGAGGUGGCCAGACAGUGCAGUAUGGGAUUCACACCCUCAUCAUUCCGCUGCAGGUUUUCCUCCUUCAGAUAAAUAAGUAAAUCAGAAAGCAUGCUCUUAACUCUGAAGUUCUACAGAGAGGUGACUUUAAUGUGUAACUUUAGUCCACAUGUGGCCUUGUGAACUGAUUGCACGUUUGCUUGUAAAGAUUCAACUCUACAAUAACAUGAACAUGUCUAAUCUGUUCUAACAUUCCUGCCUUUAUUAUUAUUUGUCCAGUAAAAUCCCCGGUGGCCCAGCGCCAUUGAAAAGAUACAGGUGCUAUUUUUAAGCACAGCGUCAGAGAGGUGAAUAAAAACGAAGAGCUCUCACUCUGUUCGUGUUUCACGACACAGCAAACCAGAGACACUGCCCUCAGUGAAUCACUGGAUCACCUGUUAUACAACAAAAAUAUGUAGUUAUUAAUUAUGUGUCUAUUGUUAUGGCCAUAACUUCUGGACACAGGGAGAAAUCCCCCCCUGCAGCCAUGUGCUCUCAAUCGCCUCCAAAACAACAGAAGGUUAAAGUAAAAAUCAAAUGGAUUUAUUGUCCAAGAAGUAUAGAAACAGAUACAGACAGUUACAAACCGAAUCACACCAUUAAUAACAAAACAAAUGUAUAUAUAAAAUGAAAGUAAGAUCCAAUCCGAGCCACCCAGGAGGCUGGUCUGCCUCCUCGGUGGCCAGCAGAUCUGAAAUCCCCCAGCGCUUCAAACCUUUUGUCCCCCCAGAGUUACAUUCCUCAGCUCAUCGAUCAGCUCAUUGAUUGGCUGAAGUCCAACAAGCCCCACCUGGGCCUAUGCCCCAUUGUCCUAAACUUCACACCUCUCCCAGCCACUUCCACACAACCCCUGCUCCAGCACAUUCCUCAAACCCCCUCUCACAGACACUUAAUGCAUGAAAUGACCAGACUCCUACAAGUAAAUAUACUGUAUCACAUUAUAUCCAUAAUUAGGAGCUUAUAUUAUAUAAGCAAAUAUUAAACUAAAUUAUCAGAGAAACCAUUUGAUAAUGCUCCAGGGAUACACAAUAUAUUAUUCAGUAAUACAGAAUCAAAAAACUUAAAAAUGUAAUAUCUGUUGAAUACUUUAUUUAUUUAAGGUAUUAUUUACGCUAUUGGUGUAUUUUAUGAGAGAACUAGCACUGUAUAUGAGAAUGAAAACAGCAAAUACAUUAUUAAUGCCUUAAAAGUAUUAAAAGAGACUCUAUUGUUGUGUUUUGUCUUUUAUUAUGUUAUAAUGCUGUUUACAUUGUGUGAUCUACUUGCAUAUGUUGUGCAUUUUCUACUUCAAUAAUAUAAAAACAAA